AUGGUUCCUGGCGAACGUUCCUGUCAUGAAAGAAGUUUAAAGAUGGACAAUUUACUGGUAAAUACAUCUGAGAAUUCAACCAAUCAACUUUCCAAUAACGCCACUAUUUUUGAACAUAGCUGUACACAUGAAUCUUACUACCGGGUAUUGAUGUUCACUUUACUUGGCGUUGUUUUGCUACCAUGCGUUGUGUUGAAUAGCGCUAUUAUUUUUUCGUAUCUCAUGGAGAAAGCAUUGCGGACAUUGGCCACUAAUUACUUUAUUAGUCUAGCAACUUCUGAUUUAAUUAGAGCGUUCACAGUCACUUGGAUGAUGAUGCAUUACACGUAUAAUUACCCCGAUUGGGUGCUGGGUGAAAUCGGAUUUUGGAUUUUGAAUAUGUCAUGGUGUUUUACCUAUGUUCUACCACUCGUGCAUCUAUGUGUUUUGUUCUUUUAUCGGAGUGUAGCUUCUCGAUCGAAUGGUUAUGUUAAAAAUAAUACUGAUUUUGAUGUCAGAGUCUUGUUGCCUUGGAUUUAUUCGAUUGUAGUAACUGGAUUACUAAUGAUCUCUUUUCAAAGCACAAAAUAUAAUGGUUACAUCUGGAAUGUAGACCAAAAGACUUAUUUGGCAUUUUUAGCAAUACAUUUCACCGUUCCUUUAUUAUUAUGUGCGAUUCUGUAUAAUAUCAUUGUUCGUAAAAUGCCAAGUAUAGCUGCGACUUCAGAUAAGACGCCAUAUAAUGGUGGAAUGCUCAGUAAAUCGCGAGAAUUAAAAGUUGCAAAAACAGCUUUAAACAUUUUGAUAUUCUUGUAUCUCGUUUGGUUCCCGGCGACGAUUUUGGAAAUUCUCUUUGUUGCCAGUGGACAAAAUUGCACUUAUAUAAAGUUACGAACAAUCUCUGCUUGGCUCAUGAGUAUAUCUGGCUUCAUUAAUCCGAUCCUGUUUUUAUCAAAGCAUUCGAAAUUUCGAAUGUACGUGAGGCAUCGAGUGUUUCAUGUUCCGAUUAGACGAACGUGGUCCAUGAGGAGAAAAUCGGACGUUUCAAUUAUGAACAGUCGCGCAAUGAGCCAAAAUCCGAAGAUAAAUCGUGGCUUUCAUAGCUCAUCACAGUCCGUGAUAAUACCUAACGAGCCACCUUCGUUAAGCUACUCAUCUUAA